GUUUGCAUUUAGGUGAAAGCAACAGCCUAAUAAGUGAGAGAACUUCCUGUUGCAUUUUCCAUGGCUACCAAAAUCUGCAUUAUCCAAAUUCUCACAUUGAUUUCCAUCUUCUUGCCUCUUUCCAAAUCCAUCCACUUCAACCACCCUGCCGUUUUCAACUUUGGUGAUUCGAAUUCCGACACUGGCAACCUUGUUUCCGCAGGCAUUGAGACCAUUAUUUCUCCUUAUGGACAAUCUUAUUUCAAAACCCCAUAUGGGAGAUACUCCGAUGGCCGCCUGAUCGUCGAUUUUCUUAUGGAUGCAAUGGAGCUUCCGUUUCUCAAUGCCUACUUGGAUUCAGUUGGCCUGCCGAGUUUCAAAAAUGGUUGCAACUUUGCCGCGGCGGGGUCAACUAUACUUCCUGCAACUGCAACAUCGAUCAGCCCUUUUUCUUUCGGGGUCCAGGUCUCCCAGUUUUUUAGAUUCAAAGCCAAGGUUCUUGAAUUGCUAGCUGAAGGUAAGAGCUUUCCCAAGUAUCUGCCUACGGAAGAUUUUUUCGCGAAAGGGCUCUACAUGUUCGAUAUAGGCCAGAAUGAUCUCGCUGGUGCAUUUUAUUCGAAAUCAUUGGAUGAGAUUCUCGCGUCUAUUCCAACGAUUUUUACAGAAUUCGAAACUGGAGUAAAGAGAUUAUAUGACCAAGGAGGUAGGAACUUUUGGAUACACAACACAGGUCCUCUCGGAUGCUUGACGCAGAAUGUUGCCAAGUUUGGAACUGAUCCCUCGAAGCUUGACGAACAAGGAUGCGUGAGCGACCACAACCAAGCUGCUAAACUCUUUAACCUGCAGCUUCAUGCUCUCACCAAAAAGUUGCAAGACCAGUACUCAAAUGCAAGUGUCAUAUAUGUUGAUAUCUUUUCGAUCAAAUCUGAGCUCAUUUCAAAUUAUUCAAAAAAUGGAUUUGAGCAACCUAUUAUGGCUUGCUGCGGGUACGGAGGUCCCCCUUUGAACUACGACAGUCACAUUACCUGUGGACAAACAAAGACGUUGAACGGAACAAAUGUCACGGCCAAGGGAUGCACAGAUAGUUCUGAUUACAUUAGUUGGGAUGGAAUUCAUUACACCGAAGCUGCGAAUCAGUAUGUCUCGUCCAAGAUACUCACCGGGAAGUACUCUGAUCCGCCCUUCUCGGAUAAAAUGCCUUUCCUUCUGAAGCUCAAGUUCUGAAGCCCCAACAUGUUUUAUUUACAUAUUUUAACAUUUGUCCGAUAUUCGUAAGGCCAACUCUUAAAUGUAACAGUAAACCUUAAGUUCUCACAAAUUUAUACAGAAAUACCAUUUCAAA